AGUCAGGUGGUGAUGUAAUUAGCCUCCCCCACCCAGCUUGCUGUGCUUCUCUGCCCUCUAAGUCUCCACCUUCACCCCACCUCCAGGAAGCUACCUCCUCUGCUCUUCACCACCAACUGUGCUGAAAUACCACGCCCCUGUUUCUUCCUCUCACGGGGCAUUUGGGAGUAUCUCUGUCACAGUGCUCAGUAAUGUGUUGCAGCCCAAGUGGUGAUCUGGCUCUGGUCAGCUGAUGUGGGCAACAUGACUCAGGAGACAAUGCUGGCCUUGCUACUCACACUAGCCAGAGUCCUGCCUGGCCCCCUAGAUGCCCAAGAGAUGCAGCCGUCUUUCCAAGUCAUGAUGGCCUCUGAGGGGGAUUCCAUCAACAUCACCUGCUCUACAAGGGGAGACUUGGAAGGAAUCUACCUGAAGCAGAGUUGGCCACAGGAUUCUGAUGUGAUUUACUUUGAAGAUGGGAAGGAGUCCACAGUAGACAAGCGCUUCUCUGGCCGAAUUGAUUUCUCCGGUCCCCAGAACAACCUGACCAUCACCAUGCGCCUCCUCCGGCUGGCAGACACUGGAGUCUACUUCUGCGAGGCCGUCAGAAGAAGCGCGAGCCGUGGCUCGUCCACCAUGGUUGUGGUAACAGAAAAACUGUCCCAAGAAGCCUACAGAUCCCAGGAACCUCUGAGGAUUUCCGUUUCCCUCCCAGCCGCCCUGGCUGUGGGCUCCUUCUUCAUGGGGCUGGUCCUUGGGGUGCUGUGCACACUGAGGAAAACACAGAUCAAGGAACUGUGUGCCUCGAGUGAUAAGGACUCACCGUGUGUAGUAUACGAGGACAUGUCCUACAGCAAUCGCAAGACUCCAUGCGCCCCCAACCAGUACCAGUGAGCCCUCUACCCACAGUGAUCCUGCUGACCCACCCGGCCCAACGCCCCCAGCACCCUUCCUGUGCCACUCGAGUGCCCCCUGGUGCUUCUGGGUGGAUGGGACCCCUCCUCUGCAAGCUUCCCUACAGAGUUCUUCAAUCCAUCCCCCACCCUAGCCAGGUAUCCCUGAUCAUGCUGCCAUGGGGGGGGGGGGGGCGGGAAGCUUGGGGGAAAAAAUGUGGUAUCUACCUUGGAGCCAUCUAGCCAGAAAUAAAUAAAUAAACAAACAAAGAGA